AUGUCGUCCGCAAAUGUCCGAUCCGCAAAUGUUUAUCCGCAAUCCGCAAAUGUCCGUCCGCAAAGGUCGGUCCGCAAAAGUCGGUCCGCAAGUGUCGUACAAUCGUUUUUAUUAUAUACCUAUUUAUUUUUAAUAGACGACUCUUCAAAUAAUUCUGACGGUGUUGACUCUGCAAAUGUAAAGUUACAUGGGCGGGCUUUAUUUGAACGUCAACAGCACUUUUCUCUUUUAAUUCGUUCUUUAAAUCGUUUUGGUCUCGGUUCAAGACGUGCACAUAAAAUAGAUUCUGAGAAGCUGACUGUUGAAACACUGACACAGGUGGCACCGGAUGUCAGGAAUUUACUCGUAGCUGGCGAUACGUUAGAUUUAUUGUUUCGUCAUACAAUUGCCGCGAGAAAUGUUUUUAUGCGAAAGUUUGCUUCUUGGCGUCGCUGCUCACAAGAUACCCCUCAUUUGUCCGAACAACUUUCUCCUUCCAUCUUGGAUAAUUUACGUGGCACCACUGAAUUUGGGUUAUAUUGGAUUUUACGUGCACUUAAUGGACUUGCUACAAAUGGUGCUUUGGAGGUCAAGCGUUUACAUUUAAUUUCUAAAUGUUUUGAGACGGAGUUGGAGAAUUUAAUGAGGACGAAGGAUAAUUUAUCUACAUUUACCCACAAACAAAUAACUGAAAAAUAUGUACAAAAUUGGGAUUAUAUUAAAAAUAUUCUUCAAAUUGUUGAUCGAAUUCGAAAACUACUUACUUGUUGUCCAAAAGAACAUUACAAGCAAACUUCUCAUGAUUUGGGAAAUUUACAGGAACCUCUUGGCAUUCUUCGCCAAUCUGAUUUAGAGUUUUCUCAAUUAAAUAAAAAUGUUGAUGACUUACUCGGCAUUAUAACAAAACUUGACAAACUCAACGAGAACGAAAAAGAAUUUAUUUUACAUUUGCCUAUUAUUUUUGAAGAAGAGAGCAAUAUUUUAGAGGAGGAUAUUUGGAAUAAAACCCGUUUGUCUACAUAUUCUCAAAAUUUCUCUUUGUUACUCGAAGAUCUUAAAUCUAUCAUUAUGACAAAUAAUAUUCAGCACUAUUUUCCUGAGGAUUCCAGACGGAUUUGUGAAAUUAUUGACAAAAUUCCUUCUUUCAACGAGUGUGAAAAUGUUAUAUCUCAAUCAACUCACAAUCAGUCACAUUUCAAUGAAAAUUCAUUUGAUGAAUUACAACAUUUACUUUUAUUUCGUCUCCAAAACAUUUUCAAUCAAAUGGAAUCUUUGAUUAACUCCGAUAGUAUGAAUCGAUUCGAUGCGAUCAAGAGCUUGAUUGAAUAUUUUGGACAAAAUACAUUUAAGGCAAGCAACCAACUUAUCAAAAAUUUUCACAUCAUUUUUCUAUCUUCUUCAAUUCAAUCCGACACAUCAAUUGAUUUACUUAACAAAUUCUCAACGUUAGCCAACGGCGUUCACAAAUUAUAUGAUCGUUUAUUGCAUUAUUUAUGUGAAUUUAUUUUCAAUUCAAUUUCUCUUCACGAACAUUGGUCAUUUAUUAACUAAUGG